AUGUUUAAUUAAAGAUACAUGUUACAUCGCUACUGUACAAUAUUUACUGUACUUGCUAUCGAUAACGUGCAAUCGAAAUCGGUGAAGUUCGCUGUGACUGGCAGUCGAGGCAGAAGAAGAUAGUAAACAAAAUGGCGCGCAAUGCAGAGAAGGCAAUGACAACUUUGGCACGUUGGCGGGCCGCAAAAGAAGUGGAAUCUGGUGAAAAGGAACGCCGGCCCUAUUUGGCCUCCGAGUGCCACGAUUUGCCCAGAUGCGAGAAGUUCCGCCUGGAGAUUAUACGCGACGUAUCGAAGAAGGUGGCCCAGAUACAGAAUGCUGGCUUGGGAGAAUUCCGGAUUCGCGAUCUGAACGAUGAAAUCAACAAGUUGCUACGUGAGAAACGGCAUUGGGAAAAUCAGAUAUCCGCAUUGGGUGGCCCCCACUAUAGACGCUAUGGUCCCAAGAUGUUCGAUGCGGAGGGUCGCGAAGUUCCCGGCAAUCGAGGCUACAAAUACUUUGGAGCCGCCAAGGAUCUGCCGGGCGUUCGCGAGCUCUUUGAGCAGGAUCCUCCGCCGCCACCCAGAAAAUCCCGAGCUGAACUAAUGAAGGACAUAGAUGCCGAAUACUACGGCUAUCGGGACGACGAAGAUGGUGUCCUAAUCCCUCUGGAGGAACGCAUCGAACGAGCGGCCAUUCAGAAGGCCGUGCAGGAAUGGCGCGAGAAAAUGGCCAGAGAUGGUCGCAUAAUCGAUGACGAAGAGGAGGACGAAAUAUAUCCUCUUUCGGGACCAGCACGCGAAGCCAUCGAGGAUGCCAAGGCUCGAGCCGCCGUGGAGGAUCCUCACGGCCUUUUGGCACCCAAGUUCACCGCCCACGUUCCCGUGCCGACGCAACAGGAUGUACAGGAAGCUCUGCUCCGCCAGCGGAAAAAGGAACUGCUGGAAAAAUACGCCGGUGGCGCUAACUAAGCUCAAUAAACAUUCUAAACUCUUAGUUAGAUACAUUCAAA